AUUCACAUUGCUUAGUCUGUCACCGACAGCAGAACACAGCACUCUAGCAGAAUGCAGUGACAAACAAACGUCACUUCAUUUCAUCAUAUAUCGCAGUCCCGUUCUGAUUCGCCUCGGGGCAAACUCUAAAAGUCGCAGACCAGCAGAGGCGGAACGCAACUGCAAAGAUGGCUUCGCAUGUAUUUCUGAAAUUGUGCAGGGCUUCUUCAAACCGGCCGUCUCAACUGCUGGCGCUGAGUAAGAAAGGUAUACAUCAUCAAAACAGAAAAUUUAGCCAUGUUGUGGGCCAUGAGCCCACAAAACCUGUUCAAACGAUCGCCGAGAUGCGAGAGAAACUUCACAAAAUUAUGGGUGUUCAGAAGGGCUACACUCCUCUUAAAGUUGAUCGAACCCAUUUAUUGGAGAUGCUUCCUUCUAGUCAAGCUGAUUUGCCAGUCAGGACAAUGAAUGACAGUUUUGACCAUGCACUCAUCCCCCUGAGCACUGAUCUGGAUAUGAGAGAGAAAUAUACAACCUUACACGGAUAUGUGAGGCUUGGACGGCUGAUGGAGGAUAUGGACAUAUUUGCAGUCUGGUUAUCUUUCAAGCACAUUGACAACCCAAAGCAGAAGGACGUUCUCACACCUUACAAUAUUGUCACUGUCCUUGUAGAUCAAAUUGACUUCACAUCUGUCAUUCCUUCGCCUGAUGCAGACAUCCGUUUGUCAGGGCAUGUCUCGUGGGUUGGAAAGUCGACCAUGGAGGUUGCAGUAUGGCUGGAGCAAUUCCAGCAUGGGGCCUGGAGAAAACUCACCAGAGCUAUUUUCUUAAUGGCUGCAAGAAACUCCACAAACACACACUCAGCGUGUAUCAAUAGUUUGAAGGCAACAAAUGAGGAGGAGAAAAAGAUUCUGGAUGGUGGGCUAGCUCGCAAACUCAGAAGGUCACAGGUUCAAAAAGAAAACUUGUUGCGCAUGACACCAGAUGUCAACGAACAGCAUAUUAUUCAUAAGCUGUUUUUGGACACUGUUGAUCCCAAUGACCUUACAUUUGAGCGCAGAGUGCUACCCACAAAUGGCCGUUGGAUGUCAGACACAACUGUCACAAAUAUGAUCAACUCUCACCCUGAGGAUAGGAAUCUUCAUAAUACAGUUUUUGGAGGAUUUCUCAUGAGACAGGCUGUUGAGUUGUCAUCAACAUGCUGUUUUGCUCACAGCUAUUUUAAACCACGCUUGGUUUGCAUGAGCGAUAUUGUUUUUCACCAUCCAGUAGAAGUUGGGGCACUUUUGCGAAUGCAUGCAAGGGUUGUAUAUGCUGAAAUGGACUACGCACAAGUCACCACUCAUGCAGAGGUAACGGAUCCGUAUGGUGGAACAAAAAAGACAACAAAUGUAUUUCAUUUCACAUACCACGUACCUCAAAUUAUUAGAAAAGUAUAUCCAUCUACUUAUCAUGAGGCUAUGCAUUAUUUGGAUGGUCGGCGUCACUUCCAGUAUGCGAUGGGACUCACUAAUCAAUCUGGUGGGGCCGGACCCUCGUCUCGCGGCAUCACACUUUGAAGGCAACAACCAAUUUAUGUUCAUGUUUCCUCUAAAGCCGCUGAUCUGUAAUUUUUUGAAAUGGUACUGUGGUACAUAGGGAAGUUCUGGUAUGUUUCAUUUUAGUUUAUUAGACAAACAAAUUUUGAAUUUAUAAUUUGUUUUAAAAAAGUACCUUUUUAUUUUCUUCCAACAAAACAUUGUUCUUUCUGGAGACUUUGUUAUUACUGUUAUUGUAUACUUUUGCUUGUUAUAGUAGGUUGGUGUCCCAACCUUUGUAUUCCAUCAUGUACUUAAUUUUAAUUAAUUUUGUUACAAGAUUUAAUUGUCAGUUUUGAUGAUCCCUUGUUAACUACUUGUAUGUGCUUUGUAGUUUGUAAGCUUAACUUUCCUAGGUGGAGGAAUACUAAAGCUUGAAUAACAUGUGUGUGCCUACCAAUCACAGGCAUUGGUAACUGCUUGUAUUCUGAUUGCUCGUAAUGGCAAUUUUAUAUGUUGUGGUUUAUAGCGGGUUCCUUAGUACCUGAUAUUGUGUUACAAUUCACUUGCAAGCAUUGAAUUGAUGUAAGUAUUAUGUUCUUUACCUACUGCCAAGUGAUAAUGUCUGUAAGCAGUGUAUGCUGCUUCAGACUAUUUUAUCUUAUUUUAUUCAUGCGAACCUUGAAAGAAUUAGAAGUUAUGUUGAAUGUG